AUGAGCGUUCAACGCUACGUACUCGCUGCAACUUGCGGCGGCUCAGCCAUGGCUAUCGCAACCGCUAUUUGUCUCACUGUAUCGCUGCUAAGCGAAAUCAAUUCAUUCUAUGACGAAGUCAUUACAGAUAUGAGCGAGUUCAAGGGCUAUGCUGAUGAUGCUUGGCAACAGAUGCUGAAAACUACAGGAGGAGACCACGGCUUUGUGCUGGUCGCGAGAACACGUAGAGGAUAUCAGAUCCCACCCACUGGGAUUGAAGCCCCUCCUGAACUAGGAGUGGAUGCGGCGAAAUCGGCAGGUUCUGAUGAUGACGGCGGAUCUCACGAAUGCAACUGCGCAGCACAAUCAGCCAAGUGCCCUGCGGGACCACCGGGACCACCAGGAAUCCCUGGAGCACCAGGAGAAGACGGCGAGAAUGGAGAAGAUGGAAAGGCAGGAGUUCCCGGAAUGGCCGUAAUGGUUCAGAAGAUGAUGGGGGGCUGUAUCAAAUGUCCCGCUGGUCCUUCGGGACCACCGGGACCUGAUGGACCUGCUGGACCAGAGGGCCCUAGUGGGAAACCGGGAACGGAUGGUGCUGAUGGAACUGGAGGUGAAUCUGGACCUCCUGGACCACCUGGUCCGCCAGGAUCAGAUGGAAAGCCUGGCGCAGAUGGAACACCCGGAGAAGCAGGCGCACCGGGUAUGAAAUCCACAAAUCCUCCUGGACCAGCAGGCCCACCUGGUCCUCCAGGACCAGCAGGACCCAAUGGAGAGGAUGGUGGAAGUGCUGGUGACGGUGCUGCCGGUCCUGCUGGACCACCUGGAUCACCAGGAAAAGAUGGUUCCCCUGGCAUUGAUGGCGCACCUGGUGAGAAAGGAUCUGAUGGAUCUCCUGGAUCGGAUGCAGCCUACUGUCCAUGCCCUCCUCGUAGCAUGACUGCAAUCGGUGCUGGAGCUCAGUCAGAAACUAUUGCAGGCGCAGGUGAUGGAGAAAAGAGUGGAAGUGAAUCACCAGCUGGCGGUUCUGGAGGAAAUACGGCGGCGAAUGCUGGAGGGGGAGGAGGAGCAGCUGUAACAGCCGGAGGAGGUGAUGUGUCUGCCGGAACAAAUGAAGAUGCUGCUUCUAGAGCUGAAACGGCCAGUCGAGGAAAUGGACUCGACGAAGCAAUAGGAAAAGGGUCUUCUGACUCCAGCAAAGGCGCUGCGCCUGGGUCAGCUCCCGCAGCUCCAGCAGAUGAUGCUGCUCCAGAAGGAGCUGGAGCUCCACCUCCAGCACCAACAGUUCCCGCUCCUGCCUAUCCAACUGCUCCUAUUGAAGCGCUCAAGUCUGCGACGAGGUUGCGACGGUUCUUUAGGCGUUUCUGGGCCUGA